AUGUCAGACUCUGAAGAGGUCAUCGAAGAAUAUGAGCAGUAAGACCAAGAGACCAGGGCUGUUGAAGAGGAAGAAUGGAUAGAGGAAGAAGACGGUCAGGAAGAACAGGUAGAGGAGGCAGAGGAGGAGACCGAAGAAACUAAGGCAGAAGAGGGGGACAGAGAGCAGGAGCCUGGGGAAGGUGAAGGGGGACCUGCAGGUGAAUCGAAGCCAAAACCCAAGGUCUUCAUGCCAAACCUCGUGCCUCCCAAAAUCCCAGAUGGCGAGAGACUGGAUUUUGAUGACAUCCACCGCAAACGCAUGGAGAAGGACCUGAAUGAACUGCAGGCCCUCAUCGAAGCCCACUUUGAGAGCAGGAAGAAGGAGGAAGAGGAGCUCAUCUCCCUCAAGGACAGGAUUGAACAGCGGCGAGCGGAGAGGGCAGAGCAGCAGCGGAUUCGCAGCGAGAGGGAGAAGGAGCGCCAAGCCCGCAUGGCUGAAGAAAGAGCCCGCAAAGAGGAAGAGGAGGCCCGGAAGAAGGCUGAGGAGGAAGCACGGAAGAAGAAAGCUUUCUCCAACAUGCUGCAUUUUGGAGGCUACAUGCAGAAGUCAGAGAAAAAAGGUGGGAAGAAGCAAACAGAGCGGGAAAAGAAGAAGAAGAUCCUCAGCGAACGGCGGAAGCCCCUGAACAUCGACCACCUCAAUGAAGACAAGCUGAGGGACAAGGCCAAGGAGCUAUGGCAAACCAUCCGCGAUCUGGAGGCUGAGAAAUUUGACCUGCAGGAAAAGUUCAAGCGGCAGAAAUAUGAGAUCAACGUCCUCCGAAAUCGUGUUAGUGACCACCAGAAAGUGUAA